AGCCGGGUUCUACUGCCGCAGCUUUUGAUCGCUUGGAGCUCCACAGGCGCCCCAAGCGAGGUGGAAGCGGACUUUAUAGUCGUCACUUGUGCCAAGGACAGCCACUCGGGUGACUGCCUUAGCAGAAGGACGCGACUAGCUUAGCAGCGAGUCUCGAGGCCGAAUCCUCGCUGCCGGACAAAGGUCCGCGGGGGCGAGUAAAAGGCAGCCGUAAGCGGCGCGAGCAGUUCUCAGAACCAGCAGCACUUCGCUGCGAUGUCGCACUACGGCGGCGGAGGCGGCGGCGGCCGGUACGACGACCGACGGGGCGGCGGCGGGGAUCGCUACGGCGGCGGAGGCGGUGAUCGCUACGGAGGCGGAGGCGGCGGUUACCGCGGCGGCCAAGGAGGCUACGGCUCGAACGACGCUUAUAGAGGCGGAGGCGGGGGCGGGGACCGCUACGGAGGGGGUGGCGGCGGCCGCUACGGAGGCGGCGGUGGAGGUGGCUACGGCGGAGGCGGUCCGCCGCGAGGAGGUGGGUACGGAGGCGGCGGCGGCGGCGGCGGCUACGGCGGCAGCCGCUACGACUCGUCGCGGGACGCGGGCCGCAACUGGCGCGACCGCGAGCUGGGCGGCGCGCGCGGCGGCGCGACGCAUCUCGCCCGCAUCCACGGCACGGAGGAGGACAAGGUGAACUGCCCCUUCUACUUCAAGAUCGGCGCGUGCCGCCACGGCGACCGGUGCUCGCGCCAGCACCACAAGCCGCCCUUCUCGCAGACGAUGAUCGUGCAGCACAUGUACCAGAACCCGGCGUCGCGGACUGUGUGGAAAUCAACCAGUGCGUCGGGUGCACAUUUCUCGGCGAUGACGCGGCCGCGCUGGCUCCGUCGAGCGGUGAGGAACCGGCAUCGCCACGCCAUCGAGCAGGCGUCGCGUCGAUGGCGUGGAGGACGACGCGACGAUUCAGGACGAACGCGCCGUAAAAUUUUGAUUUGCACUCAGGUCGCAGAUCGCGGCGGCCGGCGGCGACCCGUCGCAGCUCGACCCGAAGAAGGUGCAGGAGGAGUUCGACGAGUUCUACGAGGAGGUCUACGACGAGCUCGCCGGCUACGGCGAGAUCGAGGAGCUCAACGUUUGCGAGAACCUCGGCGACCACAUGGUCGGCAACGUCUACUGCAAGUUCGCCGACGAGGAGCACUCGGACGCGGCGCUCAAGGCGCUCUUCGGCCGCUUCUACGCGGGCCGGCCGCUCGUCUGCGAGUUCUCGCCCGUGACGGACUUCCGCGAGGCGCGCUGCCGCCAGUACGACGAGGCCGUGUGCACGCGCGGCGGCUACUGCAACUUCAUGCACAUCCGGACGCCGUCGCGCUCGCUCCGCAAGGACCUCGAGAAGCGCUACAAGAAGAAGUGGCGCAAGGCGCGCGAGAAGCGCGAGCGCCAGGAGCGCGGCGAGAGCGUGUCGUCGAGCGACGACGGCAAGGGCUCGCGCUCGCGCAGCCGCUCGCGCAGCCGCUCGCGCGACAAGGGCAAGGAGAAGGACCGCUCGCGCUCGCGCUCGCGCGACAAGGAGAAGGCGGAGAAGUAGCCCCUCGACUCCCGCCGCGCGGACGCGUAACAACGUUACUACCGUGAC